AUGCAGGUCAAGUUUGGUACCGCUUUUAUGCUGGCAGCUUCUGCCUCGGCACUCCAGGUUACCUCUCCUAGCAGAGGCGAAAAGUUGGAUUUGACCAGCUCCAAUGAGGUGACUUGGGAUUCGGUUGAGUCCGAUCCCACUUCAUUCGAUAUCCAGCUAGUCAAUGAGCAUGUGAAUCCCCCUGUCGUCAAGACAAUUGGCACCAAUGUCCAGACCAGUGCCGGUUCAUAUGCAUUCAGCAACGUUGCUGCCGCAGUCGGAGACGACUAUCAAAUCAACCUAGUGUCCACCUCAUCUGAAAACAGCGGCAUUCUCGCCCAAUCCGCUCAAUUCGACGUCUCCAACGCCGCCGACAGCAGCAGUAGCAGCAGCACUACUAGCACCGGCACAUCCACAUCAACACGCAGCUCAUCAACCAGCACCGAUACAUCCACCACCACCUCCACAUCAACCUCCUCUUCAAGCACCGCUACAUCGAGCACGACUAGCUCAGGCGCUAGCUCCUCUGGAAUUCGUACGAGCUCAAGUAAGACUGCUACUGCAACCUCCACUUCUACAUCUUCUAGUAUUUCGGCUACUCAUACAGGUGCUGCUGGUACAGUUGCUGUCUCGGUCGUGGGAUGUGUGUUAGGAAGUGUUUUCGCGCUAUUGUUGUAA